CUCUUCUUCAUCUAUCCCCUCUCUUUAAUUGUAGCUUCGUCAAAUCUCUGUUAGCAGCAGCAACAACAAAAUUGGGGGAAUGGGGAGCUUGCCGUCUUUGUCGUCUCCGGCGUCGCCAUCUACAUCUGCUUCCAUGUUCAACAACUCCGCCACUUAACCCAUAUCUCGCUCUCCUCCAAAUCCACAGGUUAAAGCUGGAGACAACAAUGGAGUUCUCGAUGCGGAGGAGAACAAGCCUGGAAUUAUUUCUGCAUGUUUUGAUGACCUCCAUAACACGAACCACAUAGAGAAGUUCAAGAAAUAGGAAGCUAACAAUAGCCGUUGGUUGACUGUAAAAUACUUCUCAAAGAAGAACCGAGGGACGCAACAUCUUCGAUGAGAGUGUAACAAUACAUGAUCAGUAAUUUGCUGGGAAUAAUGAGGAAAGGUGCCUGGACUCAACAGGAAGAUGAUAUUCUGAGGCAGUACGUUGAAAAGCAUGGAGAUGGAAAGUGGCACCAGGUUCCUCGCGAAACAGGUCUAAACAGAUGCAGGAAAAGCUGCAGACUGAGGUGGUUGAACUAUUUGAAGCCGAAUCUCAAGAGCGGAGAUUUCACAGAGGAUGAAAUAGAUCUAAUCCAUAGACUUCAGAAACUUUUGGGAAACAGGUGGUCAAUAAUUGCUGGAAGACUCCCAGGAAGAACAGCAGGCAAGGUAAAAAAUUAUUGGAAUAGCAAGCAACGAAAGGAGUUGGAAUAUAUGAAGGAUAAAUCAAAAGAAAGAACAAAAGUCACAUCCGUCAUAAGACCUCAACCACGGAGGGCUAGAGUUGCAGUUUUAAAAUCUGAAGAGAACUGUAGCAGAUUAUUACAGACAUCAUCACCACCUACAGAAAAUGCUAUUGAUUCAUGGAAGACCAUGUUGCAUGAUACAGACAAUAUUGAUGGAACACCAUUUACUAGUUUAGGGUUAGGGGAAGACCUCUUCACAAACUUUUGGGUUGAAGAUAUUGCACAAUCGACAACGGUAGGCAUGAAUUCUGCUGAUGAAGGGUUACACAUGAGUGGCAACUUUUCUUUUAGGGAGAACCUUUGGAAUCUAGAAGAAGAGAGAACUAAGAUUUAGAGGUCCAAAGUCUCAAGCAAUCAUGGAAUUAGUUGUACUUUGCAGACAAUGUACGUACUUAAUUAGUAAUAAGUUCCUAUAUGUUUGUUUGUGAUAUAUACACGUAUAUAUUUCAUUUUUCAGUUCA